GUAGAGGAAGGGAACGAAUUAUGAACUGUCGUUUUUUGGUUUACACAGCUUUUACACGGCCAUGGAUUUCUUCGCUGCUGUGAAUUACAUCGAUUUAACUAAACGAUUGCAUUGAAUUAAUAAAGACAUCAAGGAAUUGAGUUCUGCACACCUAUGAGCAGCAGUAUGAUGCAGGCAGGAGUCUGUCUGAGACAGGACACUGAGACAACACUACCAGAGCUCACUGAGAAGCACAGGAUCAGACAGAAAGAAGAGGAACUCAGUGGACUGGAGCCUGUCCACAUGCCAGAGACAGGGUGUGCUGCUCCAGGACUCAACACACUGGAGCCAGAGAGUGUUACAGCACACAGUGGGGUCAGUGAUGUACAUCACACACACACAUCACUGAUUAAAAUAGAAAUAGAAACUGAUCUGGACUGCACCCACACUGGGGAUCUUAAGACAGAGAGCCAAGUCUUUACACUUGAAAAGGAAACCCAUCUGCAUCCUGACCAAAUCAAAACAGAGGCUGAUAAUGGAAGAUGCCUUCAGGCUGAACACAUAAGUGACUCACAGGAUAUUAAAUGUUUUGACAUUAAAUGUGAUCAAUUUAAGUGUGAAUCCAGUGAAGGUUUAGUGAGUGAUGUCAUGAAUACUGUGAUGACAGGAGCUGGUGUUGAUCACAAAGAGCAGGCUGAACCAUGGCAGUGUGCAGGAGAGCUGAACCCAAAUUGUAAAACAGAAGAAACUCAUGAUCUGAUGACCCAAAGUGAGGACUUGUAUCGUCACUGUGACAUAAGCAAUGAAAAUAAUCGGACCAGAAUUGUCCAGAAAAGCACAAACCGUAGCAAGCCAUACAAAUGCACACAGUGUGAGAAGUGUUUUAGUACAAGUUCAGCUUUAAAUAAACACCUUAGCAUUCAUACUGGUGAAAAGCCAUACAAGGGUACACAAUGUGAAAAGUAUUUUAAUAGGAAAUCUAAUUUAGAUACACACCACAGAAUUCAUUCAGUUGAAAAGCCAUGCAGUUGCAUUCAAUGUGGGAAAUGCUUUUCCAAAAUAUCUAAUUUACGUAUCCACCAGAGAAUUCAUACAGGUGAAAAGCCAUACAAGUGUACCCUGUGUGAGAAGUCUUUUAGUACAAAUGCAGCUUUAACUAAACACCUGAGAUCUCAUACAGGUGAAAGGCCGUACAAAUGUCUUCAGUGUGGGAAGUGCUUUUCUAAAAUAUCUAGUUUAAGUAGCCACCAGAGAAUUCAUACAGGUGAAAGACCAUACAGGUGUACACAGUGUGAUAAGUCUUUCAGUGCAAGUGCAGCUUUAACUAAACACCUGAGAAUACAUACAGGUGAAAGGCCCUAUUUAUGUCUUCAGUGUGGAAAGUGCUUUUAUGAAACAUCUCAAUUAAAUUGUCACCAGCGAAUUCAUACAGGUGAGAAGCCAUACAAGUGUACACAGUGUGAAAAAUGUUUUAUUAGAAAAUCUCAUUUAGAAAGACAUCUGAGAAGUCAUUCGGGUGAAAAGCCAUACAGUUGUCUUCAAUGCAGGAAAUCCUUUUCCACAAUGUCUAAUUUAAGUACCCACCAGAGAAUUCAUACAGGUGAAAAGCCCUACAAGUGUACACAGUGUGAGAAGUGUUUUAGAACAAAAUCUUAUUUAGAUAUACACCAGAGGAUUCAUACUGGUGAAAAGCCAUACAAGUGUACACAGUGUGAUAAGUGUUUUAAUAGAAAAUCUUAUUUAGAUAUACACCAGAUAAUUCAUACAGGUGAAAAACCCUACAAAUGUCCUCAGUGUGGGAAGUGUUUUUCCCAGAAAUCUAAUUUACGUAGCCACCAGAAAAUUCAUACAGGUGAAAAGCAUGUAUUUAGUUUUUAAAUUAAUUUUUUUUUACAUUACUCUCUUCAAAUUCAUGCCAAGUUUUCAUUAAUGUAUACUUUGUGAUGUAUUUUGUCAAUUUAGUUCCAUUCAGGUCAAUUUUAUUUGUGUACCACUUGUUAUAGAGACACUGUCAAAAAGGUGCUCUACAGAGAGGUGGGGGGAAGGAAAAUUUGGCAAAAACCAGGCCUUAAACUCCCAAAAGAGAGCAAGUGAGAUUUAAAAAAACUUCCCAGAGGGAAGAGAAAUACUCAAACAGUGGUGAGACAAAACUCCCCAAUCGGAAGAAAUCAUGAGAGGAGGCUGGCUAUACAAGGGGAGCCCGUCCUCUGCUGGCUGGCCUUAGUAAAGACAGAAUGAAUGGUAACGAAAAUGAAAUAAGGGAUCAGUCAGAGCAGUUAGGUAAAUGGGUUGGGCAGGUGGCUGUCUGAUGUUUUAAACUAGCUGGUGAGAUGGAAAGUACAAGUUAAGAGAUGUGUAAUAUGUAGUUCAGAGGGGUGGGGCGAUGCAUCUACGCUGUGCCAUGGAGUCAGCUUGAACCAGAAGAGGGAUUGGGCUGGAGGGGUCCGUGACUGCUGGUGGGGGAAGAGCAGAAGCUGUUUCAAGUUUGGUUGAAAAAGAAACAAUGUGAAAACUGUUUGGAUAUACUGUAGAAAUAUUGUAAUGUGCUUUCCCACUUGUAUUCUGAAAAUGUAGAGGCUGUAAUUUGUACACUGAACAAAAAUGUAAAUGCAACACUUAUUUUUGCAGGCAUUUUUAACGCACUUAAAUAAUACCUCAAACAUUUGUACUAUGUGCACAAAAUUUUUCCCACGAAUUUGUUUAAAUCACUGUUGGCUAGCAUUUCUGCUUUGUCAGAAUAAUCAAUUUCCUGCACAGGAGUGGCAUAUCAAGAUGCUGAUUAAAAGCCAUGAUCACUACACAGGUGUUCCUUAUGAUGGGGUCAAUAGAGGGCCACCUUAAAAUGUUGAGUUUUUUGUUGUUCAACACCAUGUCACAGAUGCCUCAAGAGUUAAGAGAUCAUGCAGUUGGCAUUCUGACUGCAGGAACGUCCUGUAGAGCUGUUGCCAGAGUAAUAGAUGUUCAUUUCCCCACCAUAAGCUGCCUCCAGUGUCGUUUCAGAGAUUUUGGAAGUUUGUCCAACAGGCCUCAGACCAUGUGUGACCACGCCAGCCCAGGACCGCCACAUCCAACUUCUUCACCUGCGGGAUCGUCUGAGGCCAGCCACAUGGACACCUGAUGAAACAGUUGGUUUACAAAAAUGUAGAAUUUCUGCACAAACUGUCAGAAAUCGCCUCAGGGAAGCUUGUCUGCGUGCUCGACGUCCUCACCGGGGUCUUGAUUUGUCUGCAGCUUGGCGUCACAAUCGACGUGAGUGGGCAAGAGCUCACCUUCGAUGGCCACUUCUUCCAUGUUCUUCCGUGGCCUGUAUAUUCACCAGACAUGUCACCCAUUGAGCCUGUUUGGGGUGCUCUGGACCGGCGCAUAUGUCAGCGUGUUCCAGUUCCCACUAAUAUCCAACAACUUCAUACAGCUAUUGAAGAGGAGUGGGACAAUAUUCCACAGGCUACAAUCAACAAUUUGAUCAAUUCAAUGUGAAGGAGAUGUGUUGCGUUGCAUGAGGCAAAUGGUGGUCACACAAGAUACUGAUUGAUUUUCUGUUCAUUUUGUGGUAUCUUCUUUUUGGGGAAUAUGUGACUAACAAAAUUAUAUCUGUAUCCCCAAUCACAUGAAACCAAUAGAUAUGUGCUUAAUGAAUCAAUUUCAGUUGACUUAUUUACUUUUAUUACCUUUGAACUCAUUAAAAUCUUCGAAAUUGAUAAGUGUUGCAUUUAUAUUUUUGUUCAGUAUAGGUCAGCUAAAGCUUAUAAUAUAGUUUACGAUAUCAGGUGAGGAUCAUUGUUUCACUUUACUGUUCAAUGUUGAAUGUAAAUUGUGUAUGACAUAAUUAUACAUAGUGAAUGUGCACAUACAAAGCAUUUAUGCAUUGUGAAUUUCUGUAUAAACUCUUGUCCUUCACUG